CACUCCCUUCCUGCUGCAUCACAACAGCCGUUAGUAGCUCCAGUAGCACUGGUGACCGGGGGGACGGGAUAUCCACCGCUAAUUCAUUGAUAAAAUACCGCCACUGACGUUGCAGCACUCAACAACAUCCUAACACGGGGGUAACCGACAGGAACUGGUUGCAGUGUGAUCACCCCGCUCCAGCUGUUGGGAUAUGGCCAGGCCGGAACAGGUUCUGCUCUUGGAGCCUCAACACGAACUGAAAUUCCGAGGUCCAUUCUCAGACGUGGUCACCACAAAUCUCAAGCUCUCCAACCCUACAGACAGGAAUGUGUGUUUUAAGGUGAAGACGACAGCGCCGCGCCGGUACUGUGUGCGGCCAAACAGUGGAAUCAUUGAUGCAGGCACCUCAAUCAACGUCUCAGUUAUGCUGCAGCCUUUUGACUACGACCCCAAUGAGAAGAGCAAACACAAGUUCAUGGUCCAGUCCAUGCUAGCACCUCCUGACAUGACUGACAUGGAGGGAGUGUGGAAGGAGGCUAAGCCAGAAGAGCUGAUGGACUCCAAGCUGAGGUGUGUUUUUGAGAUGCCAGUGGAGAACGAAAAAGCGCAUGACAUGGAGUCCAACAAGAUGAUCUCGUCCAGCUUGCUGAAGUCAGACUCCUCUGCGCUGCCUGGGAAGUCACUGAGCUCCACCCUCGAUGACGGUGUGGUAAAGGAGAUCAUGGAGGAGUGUAAGCGACUGCAGAUGGAGGCUCAGAGGCUACGGGAAGAAAACAAACAGAUCAGAGAGGAUGAUGGUCUGCGGAUGAGGAAGAGCAACGUCAUGUCAUCUCAGCACGCCUCGGUCGGCAUGAAGAAAGAGGAAGGGUUAAGCGCCCGCAUGAUGGCCCUCAUCAUGCUCUUCUUUGUGGUGGGCGUCAUUGUGGGCAAGCUGGUGUUGUAGAGCGCAGCGCAGUGUGGUCGGCCGCAGCAUGCUUUCCGGGGAUGAAAACAAACAUGGGAUCUGGGAUUUUUGAUCAGAAAUGCCAUAUCUGCUGGGUGGGGGGAGUUUUGAUUCAGUCUCAUUUAUGUAAAAAAUUUCAAAAGGUAAUGUA